UGUGCGCCGUGUUUCUGCUUCAGGUGAACAACAGCACCAUCCUGGGAGCGUCAGGAGACUACGCAGACUACCAGCACCUGAAGCAGAUCAUCGAGCAGAUGGUGAUCGACGAGGAGCUGCUGGGCGACGGUCACAGCUACAGCCCCAAGGCGGUCCACUCCUGGCUGACCAGAGUGAUGUACAACCGGCGCAGCAGGAUGAACCCGCUGUGGAACACCGUGGUGAUCGGAGGUUUCUACAACGGAGAGAGUUUCCUAGGUUACGUAGACAAGCUGGGCGUGGCCUAUGAGGCACCCACAGUGGCCACGGGCUUCGGAGCGUACCUGGCUCAGCCUCUGAUGAGGGAGGUGUUGGAGAAUAAGGUGGAGAUCACUAAGCAGGAGGCUCGGGAGCUGGUGGAGCGCUGCCUCAAAGUGCUCUACUACAGAGACGCUCGCUCCUACAACAGGCACGAGAUCGCCAUAGUAACAGAAGAGGGCGUGGAGAUUAUUGGACCUCUGUCGUCUGAAACCAACUGGGACAUCGCUCACAUGGUCAGGUAGGGUCAGAGGUCACGU